CUUAGUGAUAUUCUGCUUCCGCCUCGACAACCUUUAUAUUCCCCUUAUAAUCACACUACCCUGCUACACUCCUCAUCGAAUCCCACAAACCAGCUGCACAUGUCGGCUCGUGAGAACGCCACUCCUAUUCGCCUGCUUCACAAUGCUGCUGCUCAUCUCUCAGGCCCAGCACGAUGUUUAGGUGCUGUUCUUGUCGGAUAUCAGGGCGUACGUGCAUUCACACCACGUAGCCCUCUUGCCAACGGGCUCCUUGACGCAGUUGCCGGUUCUACUAGCCAUCUGCUUCUGGCUGUAGUUGCUAUGGCAACUGGUACCAACUCCGAUUUCUCCUUGUUGCCCGCCGUCCGUCUAGUCUGCAGUGCAGUCAAAGCUAGUCCAGUUGUGGCCUUAGAGACACACCGCAGCAGAGGAUAUCAGAUUUCAUGCGAUGUUAAAAUAACCCCAGAAUCGGUUCGCUUAAUCUCCUUUUAUAACUCCCGCCGUAUACUGGUCAUUAAGAAUCACAAUCAUGUUUCAAAUGAGGCUGAAGUUUUUACGCCUAAAGCUCUUAACUACGUGCUGUCCUGCAAGAAUAGCGAAUAG